UAAAAAGCAAUCAAACAACAAACACGAUCAAUAUGCUCUCUUCUCGGUGCCAAUCCCUUCGUUUACCUCAAUCUCUUCUCUCUCAAGUUCAAAUUUUUCUUAGUUUUCACUCUCACCCACCACGAAAUCCAUAUUCUUCUUCAAAACCCAAGUCUUGUUCUGAUCAAAACAAUCCAAAAUCAUCAUCGAACUCUGUACUUCACAGCAACUCGUUUCAUAAACCCUCUACCACAUCCAAUUCAAUCGAUUUCGAUCAAAACACAGUUCUCGAAACACUCUCGUGUUACAACAAUGAUUGGAAACGCGCCUUCGAGUUCUUCAACUGGGUUGAUUCCGAGUUUGGUUUCGAACACUCCACCGAAACCUUCAAUCGAAUGAUUGAUAUUUUGGGUAAGUUCUUCGAAUUCGAUCUUGCAUGGAAUUUAAUUGAAAUAAUGCGAAAAAAUGUUUAUUCAAUUCCAAACCAUGCCACAUUUCGAGUUCUUUUCAAGCGCUAUGUAUCAGCACACCUUGUUGAAGAAGCAAUAAGCACUUAUUAUCGAACAGAAGAGUUUAAUUUGAAAGAUGAAUUGUCUUUUUCGAAUUUUAUUGAUGCACUGUGUGAGUAUAAACAUGUAAUUGAAGCUGAAGAAAUGUGCUUAGGGAAGAAUAGUAACAAGGACUUUGAUUUGUAUGUGAACACAAAGAUAUAUAAUAUGAUCCUUCGCGGGUGGUUUAAAAUGGGGUGGUGGAGUAAGUGUAGAGGGUUUUGGGAAGACAUGGAUCGAAAGGGCGUUUGUAAAGAUUUGCAUUCGUAUUCGAUAUAUAUGGAUAUACAAUGCAAGAGUGGGAAGCCAUGGAAGGCUGUGAAAUUGUAUAAAGAGAUGAAGAAGAAGGGGAUUGAAUUGGAUGUGGUGGCAUAUAACACGGUUCUUCAUGCUAUGGGCCGCUCAGAAGGUGUUGAUUUUGCAAUUAGGCUUUAUCGCGAGAUGAUGGAAUUGGGUUGUGAACCUAAUGUUGUAACUUACAAUACGAUUAUAAAGCUUUUGUGUGAAAAUGGGAGAGUUAGGGAAGCAUAUAAAAUGCUUGAUCAAAUGCGUGUGAAGGGUUGUGCACCGAAUGUGAUAACUUAUCAUUCCAUUUUUGGGUACCUUGAAAAGCCUAGGGAGAUUCUUAAGCUGUUUGAUGGGAUGAUGGGUAAUGGAGUGAGUCCGAGGAUGGACACAUACGUGAUGCUUAUGAGGAAAUUUGGGCGAUGGGGUUUUCUUCGACCAGUUUUUGAUGUGUGGAAGAAAAUGGAAGAGCAUGGCUUGAGUCCAGAUGAGCAUGCUUACAAUGCUUUGAUUGAUGCUUUGGUGCAGAAAGGUAUGGUUGAUAUGGCUCGGAAGUACGAUCAAGAGAUGCUGGAAAAAGGGCUUUCAGCUAAACCAAGGGCAGAGUUGGGGACAAAGCUGGCGAGUGGAGGAUCUGAAGAUGGUUGAUUCUGAUGUGCAGGUUUCUCUGAGGUUGGAUACUUUCAAAAUGCAGGUUUCUCUGAGGACCUGAAUCCAGACUAUUCUUCUCACCCAGAUUUUGUUGUUUGGAAUCAAGUGGGAGUUAAAUGUGGACAAUAUCUCAUUUAAGCUGAAGUUUGGUUCUCCUUCAAAAGAAGACAUUUUAGAAGGAAAAAAUUUAACAGAGUGAGCUUCCGGUUGGACAUGCUGCAGAACACAUUAUACUUUCUCUUUGUGCUGUAUCCAAAAUGGAAGAGACCAUACUGAGUAAGAAACAUAUGAGGCAAAGGUUGGUGUCACUAUUGGUAAGUAAAUCCCAAGUCUCCAACUUAUUUUGUCAUCCCAUUAAUGAUUAAGGACUCGUUUGGGAACCCUCCCUUUUAGCCAAAAAGGCAUCCCAAAUAUACUAGUUUUUUUUAGCUCAUAUUUUAGCCAAAUAGCCAAAAAGUUACUAAAUUAGCCUGUUCCCAAACGAGGCCUAAGUCUCUGUGUGUUCAUUUUUAUGGUAGGUAUAUAUGUUCUUAUCUGAUUGUUUUUGGAGAUGAAAAUUUCUAAAUUCUAAUAAACAUUGGAGCAAAUCUCAUGUUGUUUGAAA